CCCACCCCUGCUGGGUCCUAGCGCCUGCCAGUGUCACGGGCUCUGUCGGCUAGAGGAGCUGCCUCUGAUUCCACGGAGCCGGCCCCAGUCCAUUCAGAGAAGUCCUGCCCGGUGGCACCAUGGAGGUGGAGUCCGCAGAGGCCAGAGCCCCAGCUCCCGGCUACAAGCGUUCCGGCCGAAGAUACAAGUGCCUCUCCUGCACCAAGACCUUUCCAAAUGCGCCCAGGGCAGCACGACAUGCUGCCACCCAUGCGCCCGCAGAUUCUGCAGAGCAGGCAACCGAAGAGUCGCUGAAGCCAGAGACAGAGUCCAAAGCGGAGGAGGCCAGUGGGGACAAGGCGUCAGAUGCUGCGGCCAAGCCCCGGCCCUAUGCGUGCCCCCUGUGCCCCAAGGCCUACAAAACUGCUCCCGAGUUGCGCAGUCACGGGCGCAGCCACACGGGCGAGAAGCCCUUCCCGUGCCCCGAGUGCGGCCGCCGCUUCAUGCAGCCAGUGUGCCUGCGCGUGCAUUUGGCCUCUCACGCCGGCGAGCUUCCCUUCCGCUGCUCCCACUGCCCCAAAGCCUAUGGCGCGCUCUCCAAGCUCAAGAUCCACCAGCGCGGCCACACGGGUGAGCGGCCCUACACUUGUGGCGACUGUGGCAAGAGCUUCGCAGACCCGUCGGUGUUCCGCAAGCACCGGCGCACGCACGCCGGCCUGCGGCCUUACGGCUGCGAGCGCUGCGGCAAGGCUUACGCAGAGCUCAAGGAUCUACGCAACCACGAGCGGUCCCAUACAGGCGAGCGGCCCUUCCUCUGCUCCGAGUGCGGGAAGAGCUUCUCCCGCUCCUCCUCGCUCACCUGCCACCAGCGCAUCCACGCGGCGCACAAGCCCUACCGCUGCCCGUCCUGCGGCAAGGGCUUCACGCAGCUCAGCUCCUUCCAGAGCCACGAGCGCACGCACUCGGGCGAGAAGCCCUUCCUGUGCCCGCGCUGCGGCCGCAUGUUCUCCGACCCGUCGAGCUUCCGGCGCCACCAGCGAGCUCACGAGGGCGUGAAGCCGUACCGCUGUGAGAAGUGCGGCAAGGACUUCCGGCAGCCGGCCGACCUGGCCAUGCACCGGCGGGUCCACACGGGGGACCGGCCCUUCAAGUGCCCCGAGUGCGACAAAACCUUCGUGGCGUCCUGGGACCUCAAGCGGCACGCGCUGGUGCACUCCGGCCAGCGGCCCUUCCGCUGCGAGGAGUGCGGGCGGGCCUUUGCCGAGCGCGCCAGCCUCACCAAGCACAGCCGCGUGCACUCGGGCGAGCGCCCGUUCCACUGCAGCGCCUGCGGGAAGUCCUUCGUGGUGUCGUCCAGCCUGCGCAAGCACGAGCGGACCCACCGCACCAGCGAGGCCGCCGUGGCGCCCCCCCAGCAGGAGCUGGUGGUGGGGCUGGCGCUGCCGGUCAGCGUGGCCGGUGAGGGUUCGGUGGCCCCGGCCUCGGCCGAUGGGCUCGGGGACCCGCAGGCAGGGCUGCUCGGACUGUCCACUGAAUCAGGUCUAAUGACCACCCAGUGGCAAGUGGUGGGCAUGACGCUGGAGCAAGUGGAGUGCCCGGAGGCUGAGGUGGAAGAGGCCCCGGGUCCCCUGGGGGAGACCAGCGAGGUGGUCGGGGAGGAGGUCGACGAGAAGCCCCCCCAGUUCGCGUGCCGCGAGUGCAAGGAGACGUUCGCCACGCAGACGCUGCGGCGGCGGCACGAGCGCUCCCACCCGGAGCUGCGGCCCUUCCCCUGCACCGAGUGCGGCAAGAGCUUCUCCGACCGCGCAGGGCUGCGCAAGCACAGCCGCACGCACAGCACCGUGCGCCCCUACCCCUGCCCCCACUGCCCCAAGGCUUUCUUUAGUGCCAGCGACCUGCGCAAGCAUGAACGCACCCACCCUGUGCCCGUGGAGACCCCCACACCCCUCGAGCCACUCGUAGCUCUGCUGGAAAUGUCUGAAGAGGGACCAGCCUGAAGUCCUUCCACCACACUCCCAGAGCUCGGCCCCCACAGGGUCUUCCCGAACCUCCUCUCGCCCCCAGUGCAUUCUAGACUCUAGGUGUCCGCCCCCCUCCCUCGGCAGUAGCCCCCCCUUGCCCAGUGUGAGAGCUGAGGACGGGAUGCUGGGAGCAGCUGUUGAGAA